UAGAAGGGAUAUUAUUAUUAUUAUUAUUAUUAUUAUUUAUUUUUUAUUUGGAUCGAUCCAAAAAAAAAAGUCUUCCAACAAUUUGUGUUUUUCAAUUAAACGGAGUCAUCUUAACCGUUGAGCCAUCGCUUAUUAGGACAAUUUGGGACCUCAAGGUCAGGUCAGGAUUCAGGUCCAAAUUUCUCAUUCUGUUCAUGUCUUCAUCUCUCCCUCUUGAGUCUUGACGAGAAUCACCUAUCCGCAGCAAGUUGCGUAUCGCUCGCUCUUCUUCACUGCUUCAUCUUCAGUAUCUAGUAUCUGUUAUGGAUUGGCAAGUUGGCAUGAUCUGGUCGUCAAAGGAGAAUGGCUCAUUUCACCGUUCAUGUAUGUUUCAUAAGAUGGAACAUGUGAAUACAUUGUUCAAUUUCAAGACUUUUUAGAGAUGGUCACUAAAUUGAUUUGUUUGAGCAAAUUCUAAUUUUCAGAAGAAAUGCAAUGUGUUUUUUCAUUAUCAGGAAGAAUUAUAUGUUGCCCUCCUCGUUUGGCAAUCUAUUGCUCUAUAGGAAGAGACCCAUGUGUUAUUUUGUGAUGAGAUAUAAUAGUGCUCAAUAUGUUGAUAUUCGUACAUGGAACAAGCGCAUUAUUCAGCUAAAUAGAAAUGGUCAAUUAAACGAAGCACGAUCAUUAUUUGAUAGAAUGUAUAUAAGAAACACAAGAACAUGGAAUGCUAUGAUGAGUGGAUAUGCUAAGAAUGGAGAGAUUUGGAAAGCACGUAAGUUGUUUGAUGAAAUGCCCGAAAGAGAUAAAGAUGUUGUCUCUUGGAACUUGAUGAUCUCAGGUUAUGUUUCACUUCGUGGGGGUGGAAUGAGACAUGUUGAGGAAGGGAGACAUUUGUUUGAUCAGAUGCCUAAGAGAGAUAUGGUUUCUUGGAACACUAUGAUCAGUGGUUAUGCUCGGGUUGGGAGAAUGGAUGAAGCGUUGUGCCUCUUUAAAAGUAUGCGUGAGAGAGAUGUUAUCACUUGGAAUGCAAUUGUGACUGGUUUUCUACAGAACGGUGAUGCUGGUAGAGCUAUUGAGUGGUAUAGGAAAAUGCCCAAAAGGGAUGCCUGUUCAUUGAGUGUACUUAUAUCGGGGUUAAUUCAGAUUGAUGAGUGGGUCAAGGCAAAGGAAAUUUUGCUUGAAUGUAGAAAAGGAGUUGACGUAAAGAAACAAGAUCUUGUCCAGGCUUAUAAUACUUUGAUUGCAGGAUAUGGGCAAAAAGGGAGAGUAGACGAAGCUAGAAAUCUUUUUGAUCAAAUUCCUUAUUGUCCACAUGGAAAUUUUUUGGAGAGUAUGGGAUUUGAGAGGAAUUUGGUGUCAUGGAAUGUAAUGAUAAUGUCUUAUAUCAAAGUGGGUGAUGUUAUGUCUGCAAGAAAACUCUUUGAUCAAAUGGUAGACCGUGAUACAUUUUCAUGGAAUACAAUGAUUAGCGGCUAUGUUCAAACAUUGAACAUGGAGCAAGCGGCACAACUUUUUUCACAAAUGCAGGAUCGUGAUAUAAUGUCAUGGAAUAUGAUGGUUUCUGGUUAUGCUGAAAGUGGAAAUUUGAAAUUUGCCAUCGAUUUCUUCAGCAGGACUCCACAGAAAAAUCUGGUGUCUUGGAACACUGUUAUUGCAGGAUGCGAUAAGAAUGGAGAUUAUGAAAGCGCAAUCAAGUUGUUCAUGCAAAUGCAGCAUGAAGAGGUGAAGCCUGAUAUGCACACUCUAUCAUCAAUUCUAAGUGUUUGUACUGCACUUGCUGCCUUGGAAUUAGGUUGGCAGAUCCAUCAGCUUAUCAGCAAAACACAUACUGCAGACACACCUAUCAAUAAUUCACUUAUUACAAUGUACUCAAGGUGUGGGGCGAUAACCGAGUCAAGGAUCGUGUUUGAUGAGAUGGGAAUCAAGAAAGAUGUAAUAUCUUGGAAUGCAAUUAUAGGCGGAUAUGCAUCUCAUGGAUACGCAGAAACAGCGUUGGAGCUUUUUGAAGAAAUGAAGAGGGUCAAAGUGAAACCCACAGUUAUUACAUUUGUAUCGGUCUUGAAUGCUUGUGCCCAUGCUGGCUUAUUGAAUGAAGGUCGCAAGUAUUUUGAAUCAAUGCAUUUAGAUUUUGGAAUUAAACCUAGGAGUGAACAUUAUGCUGCACUUGUAAAUAUUGUGGGUCGUCAUGGCCACCUGAAAGAGGCCUUGGAUUUGAUUUAUCACAUGCCUUACCGGCCAGAUAAGACCAUAUGGGGUGCUUUGCUCGCAGCUUGUAGGAUGCAUAACAACGUAGAGCUGGCUCGAGUUGCUUCAGUAUCUCUAUCAAAGCUUGAACCAGAAAACUCUGCACCUUAUGCUCUGCUUCACAACAUGUUUGUUGAUGUGCAACAAUGGGAGGAUGCAGAAAAAGUCAAAAAUAUGAUGGAAAUAAACAAUAUUAGAAAGGAACGAGCAUCUAGUUGGAUAAACAGUGUAACCUCCAGAGAAUAUUGUCGAUACUGAGUGUUCGAGAGUCUCCUGAGUUCUAGCCUUGCUACUUCGUCUUGUUUGUCUUCUCUACAUGUCUUGUCUAUGGCAUGUCACUAAUGCAAACUUCUUUUAUCUCAUUGAUAAGGGUAUGGUUUGUCGUCAUCCAACCCUUUCCAGUCCCUGAUCAUAUCAUGUGCGGAAUAUACUGGGUACUAUGAUGGAGAGACUCCUCGGAGUUCUCUAGGAUUCCUACAACUAUAUGCAGUAGCAUUUUCUUGAUCAGGAUGCAAAGUGCUGACAGCUUUAUAUCGGAGGUGUGUCAUUGACAUUGCUACAUCAAUCAAGUUUCAAAAUUUUUGUAGAAUUUGUUUCGUAAGGCCUAUUUGCCUUAGUUGAAGCUGUCAAUAAAAAAGCUAAUUGUCACCCUAUAAUCUUAUUUUUUUCAAUCUUAUAUAGCUUUAGGGUGAAGCAUCUCAUUUGAAAGGUGAAGCAUCUCAUGUGUUGCUAGAUCUCUGAAAAAAAAGAACCUAUGCUUAUACUUCUAUUUGUUAACUCUACACAAACCCUUUGAAACAGAGGGAGCAUACGUUUUAUAUGAGAAUGCUCAACUUCCAUACUUUGGUAGAUCUUUAGCUACAGAAAAUAAUUGAAGUACAUUAAAUUGGUAAAGUUUUAGAUAGAAACAACAGUACACACUCUUCUACAAUAGAUGUUGUAAUAAAGUCACAUUCACUAUUUGAAGUUAGGUUAGUUCUUAUAAUUUACAAAUGACAUUUUUAACUUAUUUUAAUUCAUCUAAGCUAGUGCAAUCAAAUUUAAAUUCUAGAUUUAGAUGCAAUAUUAUUGAAUUGUUUUUAUGGGUAUCAAUUCAUGAUCUCUUAUCCAAUAUUCAAAUUUUUUAUAUUUAAGUCAUAUUCAAACUUUUUACACUUAAUUAUUAAUAUUUGCUCUAACAAAAUAUAUAUAUUUCAAAAUUUUCACCGAUAUUUUAGAUAAAAAAAUUAAUAAGAAGGUGGUUUCGAAAUAAUGGUGUGUUGAAUGUUAUUUAUAAAUUAAAAUAAAAAAAUAAAAAAAAAA